GGAACCUCGCCCUCUAUGGUUGCGUAGCAAUUUGCUGCUGGUUGGCAAAGCAAUCAAGGUCCUACGCCUCGGGUGUGUGGUGUGUGUAUACUUGUAUACUCGCAAUCGAUGUCGGGCUGCGGGCGGGCGUCCACGGGUCGGCACCGCAGACACACACGGCCAGCAUGGAGGCGAGGGACGCCCCUGGACGCACCCCCACGCCCACGCUGCGGCCGGCGGCGGUGGACCCUUCCUGGUUGGAGGACGAGUGGCUCCUGCGGCUCGCGGCCGCGGGCAACAAGCAGCAGGUGGCGGCGUCAGCGCUGCCCGUCGUGGAGUCGGACCAGCCCGGGCCCACGGCAGCAGCAGCUUCCCCACAGCAAGGCCCCUCUGCUGCGGAGGCUGCUGUGCGGAAGGUCGUGUCCAGUCCCACCGUCAACGCGAGCGGCCCCGUCCACUCGGCCACCAACACCGCUGCUGUCCAUCUCCGCUUCGAGCAACCCUCCACUCCGGGGCCCAGCACGGUGUGGGGCAGGAUCAAAACCGUCCUGCUGGACUACACGCACACGGCGCACCUGCACGGCGUGGCCUUCAUCGGCAACAAGUCCAGCUGCUUUGCAGAGCGGGCGCUGUGGGGCGUGGCCAUCCUGGUGUCGGGAUUCACGCUGCUGCAAAUGAUGUGGUACCAGUACGAGGAGUACUUGCAAAGCCCCACCGUCACGACCAUCGACGAGAACAACCUGGCCACCCACUCCGUCCCGUUCCCCGCCAUCACCUUGUGCCCCGUGAACCGGCUCAGGAUGAGCGUGCUGAGGAAAUCGAUCAUCCACUACGUCGACCGCUUCGACAACGGCAACCAGUCGUCGGCUCAGGUGGCGAUGGCUUUGUUGAACCGCACGCAGUUCACGGACCUCUUAUCCGGCGUUUUCCAAGUGCUGACCUCCUACCAGUACCCGAAGUACCAGCUCAUGAACGCGGGGCUCCGCCUCCUCGCAUCCAAACUGGCCUUCCUGGACGGCCUCGUCAUCUCCCAGAUCAUGAUGCAGGGGAGGAUGACCUGCGGGGACGUCCUGGCGCACUGCUACUGGCGCGGCGUGGCCUUCUCCUGUUGCGACCAGUUCCAGCUGCAGCUCACCGAAAUGGGCUACUGCAUGUCCUUCAACUCGCGGACCUCCACGGGGCCCAAGAUACUCUGUUCCGAGAAAAAUUGUCACCACGUGUGGUCGACGGGCCCCGGCACGGGGCUGGAGCUGGUGUUCAAGAUGCCGAACAAGUCCCUUCUAGCCCUGGAACAUCCUCCCUUCCAAAAGAGGUUCAUUGACGAGCUGAGGCAGCGACCAGACGCACGGCCCGGCUUCAGACCACAGAACCCCCAUGACGCUUGGGAGAGCGAGGACCUGUUCCUAAUGGUUAACUCCUGGACAUAUAUAAACAAUGUUUACGUAAUGAUACACGACAGAGAAAUGUUGCCAGACGUCAACCUUGCUUAUCUCUUCCGGACGACUGAGAGGGUUUUCUCAUCCAUGGCGGUUGCCUACAUGGGCACGGUAGCGGCUAGGGACUUGAGGAGCGUGCCGGCAAAAAAACGCGGGUGUCUUUUCAACGGGGAGCUGCCGGUGCAGAUAGCGCGCACGUACACCCAGUCUGAGUGCAUCACCGAGUGCCGAGUGCUCCGCAUUGCCAAGACCUGUGGCUGCGCACCGUACUACAUCGAGGCCAGCCGCGGGGUAUUCUACAAUGGCAUUCCCGAGUGCCGUUUUACGCAGCUACCCUGCCUGGCUGGACUGAACCUGCAGGCCAUUAACUGCAGUCACUGCAUUCCCGCUUGCAACAUCAACAACUAUGAAGUCAGGGGUUUCCCAUCCAUCAACGUCAAGGUCCAAGACGCCUACUUAGGCUCAACUCUGGAGAUAUCUUACGAUAUGUUCCGCACAGCUGUUCUACACCGUCAAAAGUUGUCAUCUACCAGCAUGGAUCUAAUUGGUAUGGACAUGCAAAUUUCGAGUUUUGAUGCUUUUCCUCUGGCUUCUUACUGGUACAUCUGUUUUGCAGUUGCUUUCGGUGGUAUGGCGAGCCUUUGUCUGGGCUGUUCUAUCCUUACUGGGUUGGAUAUACUUCACAUGCUGCUUAGAGUGGGCCGAGCUGUAUUUGGAUAUAAAAUGAAACCAAUGUAUUUUACAAAUGGUAGCAGAGCUGAAGGAAAUGAGAAGCAAAGGAAGGAUGUGAUUACGUCUAUUUCACAACUAAUCACUUAAAUGAGAGGUAUCGUUUUCAAUCUAAUUGCUCAAUUUGAAAAAAUAAUUUAAAAACUAAAAGAACAACUUGAGUAAGUAAGGAAACACAUUAACAUAUGUAAAUGAAUGAACACACAAUAUCUUUGGUGCAGACAAAGUGAAUCACAGUUUCUGACAUAGAAAAAACUAUUUAAAACCUA